AUGCGUUGCGACGCGACUUCGUUUUCCCAACCGGAUGGGUGGCAAUCCCGCCAGGGCAACUCCCACCGCUCGGUUGUGGUCGACGAAACCAACACGGCCAGGGUAAUAGGCGUUCCCACCCCGACAAAAGACCCACCAAUCGCCCACGCGGCGGUCGAUCCGGCCAUCAACAAGUUGAUGUUGGUGCGUUGCUCAACGCACUCCAACAUGGCCUUGCCCAUGGCGGUCAACAUCGAAGCGGCUACGCCCAAGGCCGCCACUCCCAACGUGGUUACGACCAUGGCGGUUAUUCAAACCAUGGCUACGCCCAAGGCAGUCAUUGACAACGAGACCAUGCCCAAGGCGGCCAAAAAAGUCGCGUAUUCGCGAUCAACGUGA